AUGGCUGGCAGCGAUGCGGAUGGCGAGGGUCGCGCGCGAAGGAGCAGCGCCACACGGCGUCCCGGGGGCCCCGGCGGGCGGGGAGGCGAGGCUGCGGCCAGCCGCCCGGAGCCGCUGUCUACUGCUGAAGCGCCGGCAGACGGGCCGGAUGCGCUGCCCGCCUGGAUGCGCCUCUACUUCUACGGGAUGCACGGGAUCACCCUGGACGUGCUCGUGUCCUCAGCUCGGCGCUUUGCUAGCAGCCCGGACCUCCGGAUGCUGGGUUUCUCCUCGCCCUACCGCUGCCUGCUGCACUCGCUCACCCACUUCGCCCUGGAGAAGGUCUACCUGCAGCAGCGGCGCUGCCCCAGCGCCUUCGUCUUCAAUUUUCUCCUCUACCCCUCGGCCCACAUGGCGCUGCAGACCCUGGCAGGCCAGGCACUGCUGCUCGGCCUGCGCAACGUCCCGGGGGGCGCGGCGGGGCCGGGGACACUGGACCUAGCGCUGCAGUAUGUGCUGGCGCUCUACCACUGCCAUGUGUUCCUGAAGCGCUUCCUGCGCUUGCGGUACCGGCGGCAGCCAGAGCCUCAGCAGCCGCAGCACGGGCCUGGCGCGCCCCCCGCCCCUCUGGGCGCCGGGGCCCCUGGGGUUGCAGGUGGCCGACGGCUACUACCCCGAGGCGGCCGGGGCGUCGGCGGAGCCCCCAGUCAGGGGCUUCCGGGCCUGCUCCGCUUUCUUUUCUUCGGAAUGCACGGCUUUUUGGAUGAGAUCUUCUUCACUUUCUUCUUUAAUUUCCUGGGGCAGAGAGAUGGGGCAGCCAGCGGCCACACGUCGCUCUGGUCCUUCUUUAUGUACGGCAGCUGCAGCUUCGUGGUGGAAAAGCUCUACUUCCACCUGCACUGGAAUCGUGGCUGGAGCACUUGGAAGCGGCUGCCGAUCUACGUGAUCUUCAUCUACGUAUGGGAGUUGUCCUGGGGUCUGGGGCUCCGCCUGUGCGGCGCUUGUUCCUGGGACUAUUCUCACUAUCCGCUCAAUUUCAUGGGCCUCAUCACCCUGAUGUAUUUACCUGGCUGGAUAUUCCUUAGUGUGUACCAGGACCUACUUUCCAACGCUUUGUGGCGGGUGCAGUACGUACCAACUAACUAAAAAAAAAAAAAAAAAAAAAAAAAAAAGUCGAUUCCCACGAACCAAUUCGAUUUAUUUUUACAUGUUUAAAACGGGAGUGGGUUUUUUUAGCCUUUUAAUUUUUAUACGUUUUACUAAACACUUCCAAUAUGUUCUAUUCGACAUUUUAGUUUUUCUGACACUUUGGAACCUAUGCAUAAUACAAUAUUUUGCAAUAUUACUCAAAACCUAACUCAAAGUACUUGUCAAUAUUUAAAACCCCUUUCGAGCCCAGACAGCAAAACCAUUGUACCUUCAUUUAUUUGGGCAUGCGUGGGUGAUAACCACUAAUCUUUUUUUAAGCAAGGAAGUUAUUCAAAUCAGAAAUUAGUGAUCUUCACAAGAUUUGGCGAAAUUUUCUAAUUUAAUGAUUUGUUUACCUUCUUUUUUUAAUAACAAUUUCACUUUAAUUCCCUGCCAUAUAUACCAAUCACUGCUGAAACUCAGUGUCUCGUACCCCUACCACCGUUAAUAACUCUUAAAGUGCCUCCCUCUAGCACACAAGUGGAAAGAAACUGACAAAUGUGAAAAUACAUCCUGUGGAUCGAUUUUUAAAUAAAUCUUUUCUAGCAACUCAGACAGGUAACACUGUGUUAAGAUAUUUGAUCUCCAUCCUGGAAAUGAUUGUUUUUCCAAUGUGGAUUAGCCUUAAACGCCAAGCGUGUUAACAUUGAUCAGAUCCUGUGUUAUCUAUGGCUGUAUAUUUUUGUUGUAAAAUGUUUACCUUAUAUGCCCAAAGGCCAAGCAAAAUUAUACCACCCUCAAUAGUGUUCUAACCCUAAGGACUCUUUCUACAUAGAGCUUCAAGAAUAGAAACAGUUCCUUGGAAUAAAAUGAACCUGAAUGUUCACUGUACUCGAAUUAGGCCUAAUUGUUUACCAUGAAUACAGAUAGUGUUUUCAGUAUAUUUCUGCCAGAGCUCACUUAUAAACAUCUUUCUUUUUCCUUCUGGACCCACAGAGUUCUUGGGCCAAACCUGAUGUGCUAAUGUGCAUUAUAAAUCAAUGAUGGCAUUUUGGUGACUCAUUAUUAAUGUCUGGAAGCUCUAAAGUUAAAUGAAAUGAUAAAAACCA